AUGCCCCUAGAUGUUCUCGAAGGUCUCGCAGUCAACAACUUCCACACCCCACGUCCCAGGCCAAUCGACCCAGCUGUAUUCUUCGACCUCGUCAAGAUCAAAAGACUCAUUGAGGAUGCUACGAGCCUGGCUGUCCGAGCCGCCAACGGCACCACCUCCUCCUCUCUACAGUCCUCCGUGAAUGCGACCAAUGGAAUCCUGAAUGGAGCAGACGCAGAAUUACUGGGUAUAGGUUUAUCAAGAGGAGGCGGCAGUGCAAAGCUGAGUCGGGAACGAAAACACCGCAUGCGCGAGCAAGCCACACAGAGAUUGGCCCAAGCAUAUAGUCUGGACGAAGUCGCCUCGAGCGUGGCUAUGAUGCAGGGAGCGUCGGCGUUGGAAGAUGUAGCCAAGUACGUUUUGGAGAAGAACCCGCAGGAUCCGGAUGCCCAAUACGUCCACUUCUUCCACGAAAAGAUGCCGUCUCAGGCCAUGGCACAGUACACAAGUCUCGACCCGCUGAAUGAGGUGGUUCGGCAGAAACCCACCGAGGCGACAGCCUUCAGGACUAGGGCCGUCGCUCGAAUGUUCCUAGACGACGUCGAGGGUGCAGCACGAGAUUGUACGGAAGGCUUAGCAGUGUACAGACUAUACCACUCACACCCGACUGAGGAGAGGGAAGUGGUUUUAGCCAGAGAGGCUGCGAUGUUCACGCGAGAUCGGUCGAAAGGUCAAGUGGAGGAGAAGGAUCAACCCAGCAGCCUGGAACCUCAGUUGUUCUUUCACCGUGCUAGUGCGUACUUGACCCUUGCUUGCGACAACGUCGAGCCCGCGCUUCAGAGCAGCACAUCUCCAGUCAAUACGCAGUUGAAGGGCGAGACAGAGAACGUCCCGGACGAAGAGAAGAAGCAGGCAAGGGCUCGCUCCGAGGCACGAAAACUCGUCCGGACGUACGCUAAACGAGCCUUGCGAGACUACACCUCCUUCCUGGCACACCUGGAAUAUACUCCCGGGCUGCCAGCGGAGCAUACGGAAGCAUUUUUGGCGAGGAUAAGCUCGGCCAGUCUUGGUAAUGGCAGGCGAUCCCGCAGCGAACGAGUCUUUGACAUCGAUAAUACCCCCGACUCGGGCCUUGCAGAGGCAAUCCUCAAGUACGAGGACCAGCAAGAUCAACAGAAGAAGAAGCCCUUGCCGCCAAUACCUAAACCCCCGUGUUACGCGCUGAACACCCUUUUCGCGGCAGUCUACCCAGCGGAUCUGCCUCCAUACCCUCCCGAGCAGGGGACCCCUGCAAAGCCGGGAGAAUUCUCGCUCCCUGAGUUUACUGAAGCUGUCACUUACCAUCCUUUUCUGCCGGACGUUGUUCAUUUAAUUCUCAUGUGCCACUGCUUGAUUCAGACCUCGACCAAGGAACUGCUACGCCACGCGUACAUGGCCGCCAGAAUCGUUGGAGUCUGUGAUAGCUCUCCCGUGCUUCUGCCUUCUCGGUCUACUGCUAAAGCUGACUGGGUCGAAAUCUUGCGACGGUCGAGAAACUGGCUUGGAUUGUCUGCCAGCUGGGAAGACCUAUGUACUCGUGCACCGCUUUCAGGGCACAAUCUUGAUUCGAAGCCGCGGCAGCCAAAGGAUGUCGUAAAACUGGAGCAGCGACCGGUCAAAGGAGGAGAGAUCGCCCAGCUAACCGCGAAUGAAGAGCAACGUAUGAGUGAGGAGAUUCUCAAGGACAGACUGCAAGCCCCACAGAAAACAUAUUCCCUUGAGGAGGAGGAGGCAGCGAUGAAAGAGCUGUGUCGGGUCAAGUUCGCUGAGAACGGCCUCAUAUUCUUCGACAAGACUCGAGCACCAGCUAUUGCCCGAUGGAUCGAGGGAGCCCCGCCCCCCAGCGCGGCUGACGGAGGCGGUCGGCCGAAGAAGAAGACUGGGGCGAAGGGCAGGUUAGGAAAGACACCAAAUACGCCUUUGAGUCUCCGAGUGAAGGGACGCGAGCCAAAGUCUGGACUAUCUUGA